GCGUUCUCUUUCCGGUAGUUCUCGUGUUCUAGGCGGACGUAUAGUUCUAGUCGGACAGAAGUUGAAAAAACGGAGUAAAUUUUUUGCAAAUUUAGUGAAAACUUAUUUAAUUAAUUAAUUUGUUAAAUCAUUCUUCUACCCUUCAAUAUUUCAAAAUGGACGCCAAGUCGCCUGAGAUCCAAUUCGAAGAAUCGUCGCAAGCAGCGGCAGACUUAGAAGACGCUACUGUUGGCAGCAAGCGCAAGUUCGAGUUGGCCCUUUCAAUGAACUCCGGGGACUCUGGGCCACGUGACGGUAGCAAGAAGCCGCGCACGGCCGAUUUCGGAGACAGCCUCGGAAAUGGUGAAGAAUCCGAUCAGGAUAUGAAGAAUACAACUCCUGAACAAGGGCCCGUUGAAAAGUCAGAGGACAAACCAAUGUUGGAAUCGGCCAAAAAAGCUGAGGAGUCUUCCGUUGAGGAACCCGAGGAGAAAGCCAUGUCUGGGUUGCCUGAAAACGCUGAGGAACCUAAGAACGAGGCCUCGCCCGGUGAACUUGAAGGCGCAGCUGGUACUGAUGGUACCAACAAGGAAUUGAACGAAAACUUGGGUGAAACCACUGAUGACGUUGCUGUUGAGGGAACCAAGGACAAGGUCGUGUGCGAUGUGGCUGGAAAAGCUAAGGCUGAUAACUCCAUUUUCAAUGGAUCGGAAAAUCAGGAGCCAAAUUUUGUGGUGCCCGAUGCAAAAGCAACCAAGAAUGGUCCGAAGUCAGAAAAUGCUAAAGGUGGAAAACGCAAGAAUAAGAAACGCUCAUUGUAGGAAUACAAAUUUCCAAAUGCCUUAUCUUGAUCGAACACAAACUACCUACGAGUCCCAAGCGCGGAACAUAAUGUAAUACAAUAUUACCAAAAAAUAUAUCAAUAAACAAGUAUUGCAUACUAAUGCCUGUA